AUAACUCGUAAUAGUUGGUAACAUCAUUUGUUCGCACGAUGGCGUCCGGUGGUGGUACGUACCGUUUAUUUUGCUUUUUAUCAUUUAAUAGGUAGUGUUAGGCGAUACGUUUCAGACGAGAAUUUGUGGUAAUAAUAAUGUCGAACAACGUGUUGUUCUUCUAAUAGCAGAAAACACAACAGAGGAAAGGACUGAGCCAGCGACGCCGGCACAACCUCUCACCAAUGUUGUGAGCGAAACAGCACACGUAAGUUAGAUAACCUAUAAACGUAGGUGUAACCUGUUGUGUUAUUACAUUCUUACUGUUAACUCUUACGAGAUUGACACUUCCUAAGACAAUUAUUAAUUGGAUAUUUUUCUAGUACGACGUUGAUUUUAUGUAACAAAAUCUACAACAGAUUAUUCGAAUGAAAUAAUUUUAAUAUUUCCCGCCAACUAUGUUGACAGCUGUUGUAUCAAAAUUUGAUCUUGGCUUUGUACCAAUGUCAUUAAGUUAGGUUAUUUGGAUAUGUUUACAUUAGAUUUAUUUCAGGAUCUUGUGUUCUGUAUAAAUGUUUUUGUGCGUAGUCCGUAAGAGGUGUAAGAAAAUAACAGCAGAUACUUUUAAUUAUGUUUGUGAAAAUAAAAUUAACACUAACCUUAAUGUGUUGUAUUAUUUUUCAUUAUUGCAGAGGAUACUAGCAAUGAAUAAGGAUUCUGAUCUAUCUGGUGUGCCACCGAAGAAGUCACGUGUUGAAGUACAAUCUCUUCCAACUAGACAAUACUUGGAUCAGACUGUGGUUCCAAUUUUGUUACAAGCUCUGUCUAAUUUAGCCAAGGAAAGACCUGCAGAUCCCAUUAGCUUUUUAGCAGGAUAUCUGUUAAGGAAUAAAAGCCAGUAUGAUAAUGGUGAAUCUCCACCUACUAGUCAAUGAACUGCCUAUGCAUUUAUAAUAUGUGGUGAAAAUUGAAGAAUCGUUUAUAAAUAUUGAAAUUUCUUAGGAAUAUAUUCAAGUUGGGCAGAGUGUAUUUGUGUAAUGUCAAAUUAAAUAAAAAUGUAUUAGCUUUUUAUCAUAUAACUUUUGAUGGAUGAAUAACAGAAAAGAAUAUAUAACAAGUUUUCUUAAAUGUGCUUAUUUUUGACUAUACAUUUAUAAAUAUAUGGUGAAAAUUGAAGAAUCAUUUACAAACAUUGUCAACAAACAAGAUCAUUACAAACAAAUUUCUUAAAAAUAUAUUCAAGUUGGUCAGGCUGUAUUUGUGUAAUAUCAAAUUAAAUAAAAAUGUAUUAGCUUUUUAUCAUGUAUAACAGAUUUUGUGGCGGACAAAUGACAAAAGAAUAUAUAAGUCUCCUUUUGACUGUUUUUUUGGAAAUGUGACAAGAUUUCUUUCAAUAUAUCUUGCGUAUGUUAUAAUGUAUAUGUUUAUGUCUACAGAGGUUAACCUCAUUAUCAUUAUUUUAUACAUGUAGUUCCAA